CUAGAAUGGACAUGUAUGGUCUGAUCGCCGUUAUUGUUCCUCGGACUUGGCAUGCUCGCUUGACCAGCACUCUUCAUCUAACCUCCGUCUCACAUUCGCCAGCGACGUCGGACAUGGACGAACGACUGCAGAACUUUGUCGUGGGCAGCAACUAUCAGGUUCUCGACGUGAUCGGCGAGGGUGCCUACGGUAUUGUCUGUUCAGCGGUUCACGUCCCCUCCGGUCGCAAAGUUGCAAUCAAGCGCAUCACUCCGUUCGACCAUAGCAUGUUCUCCCUUCGUACUCUUCGUGAGAUUCGGCUCCUCCGUCACUUUCACCACGAAAACAUCAUCAGCAUCCUUGACAUUCUACGACCACCCUCCCUUGAUGACUUUAAGGAGGUGUAUCUGGUCCAGGAGCUCAUGGAGACCGACUUGCAUAGGGUCAUCCGAACCCAGGUCCUGAGCGAUGAUCAUUGUCAGUAUUUCAUCUACCAGACCCUGCGCGCGUUGAAGGCACUGCAUUCGGCCGACGUUCUUCACCGUGACUUGAAGCCAUCGAACCUGCUGCUGAAUGCAAAUUGCGAUCUCAAGUUAUGUGACUUUGGACUCGCGCGUUCAGCUCAACCACCUCCAAACGUUGCGAAUGACAGCAAUACUUUCAUGACCGAAUACGUCGCUACAAGCCUUCUCACCAGUUUCCUCGAUAUCAAUCCUGUUCAAGCUAUUUGUAUUGCUGUGGGGCAACAAUGUGGACUGAGCCUCGUGCCUUCUAUUCCGACGCUGACUGUUUGGUGGUGUAGAUGGUAUCGUGCGCCAGAAGUCAUGCUCACGUUCAAAGAAUAUACCCGGGCGAUUGAUAUCUGGUCGGUCGGUUGUGUACUGGCCGAGAUGUUGAGCGGGAAUCCAUUGUUCCCCGGGCGAGACUAUCACCACCAGUUAUCGCUAAUUCUAGAUGUACUGGGGACUCCUUCGCUGGACGAUUUCUAUGCUAUCACCUCGCAACGGUCAAGAGAGUACAUUCGAGCAUUGCCGUUUAGGAAGAAGAAACCAUUUAGUUCCUUGUUCCCUGGUGCCAACCCUCUGGCACUAGACCUGAUGGAGAAAUGCCUCACGUUCAGUCCGAAGCGGAGAAUAGAUGUGAAUGAAGCACUGAGGCAUCCGUAUCUCGAGAGCUAUCACGACCCGAAUGACGAGCCUACGGCAGCCCCGCUUGACCCAUCCUUCUUUGAUUUCGACUAUGGCGAAGAGUUGACGAAGGAACAGCUAAAACUCCUGAUAUACCAGGAAGUCACUAAACCCCGACCACCCAUUUCACCGCAAUAAUCCCCAGAUACCCACCUGUUUCCUGUUCCUCGCGGUCGAAACAAUUCGUUCUGGAUACAACUCCCCAUUCAUGGAUUUACUGACUUGCUGGAUAAUACUCGUGCACGGGCGACGAAAAAGUACUCACGUACAAGCUUGUGACUAACAUACCCUGUCCUUUUUCCAACCACUCGCAGGACGUUGCGAACUUUCCUUUGUUUUGGAUCUUAUACAUAUCGUGGGCAAUCUGACAGAACGUAUUACUGCUACAUAUAGGAAAAUGUUAAUAAUAAGCGAUUCUUGCCACGAUCCUUUAUGUUGGAUGUAUAUCGUCAAUGCAGCGCAAGACUUAAAAACCACAAAGAUCGCUGGAACAGUCUCAGCUUUACCCUGUC